AGAGCGCUGGCAGGACAGCGAUGGGACACAGUCGAUAUUUAUCCCAAAUAAAUCAAACUGCAGCCUGGAAACACAGGGCCGAGAUGGAUAUGCGAUAGUUGCGGGUGUUUGCGCUGCUUUACAAUUGACUUGUAGAUAGAAAGAAUAGCCGAACGACUUCGACUCUGUAGUUUUUUUUUCCAGGGGAAGGAAGUUUGCUGUGGCGAAGGAAAUAUAAUAGGAAACCGGGGAGGAACAAAAUACCCCAGCAGACAUGGAGGACUUCGGGUCGGCCCUGGAGAAAAAUGUGGCUGACCUUACAGUGAUGGACGUGUAUGACAUCGCGGCGGUGGUCGGCCAGGAGUUUGAGAGGAUCAUAGACCAGUAUGGCUGCGAGGCACUGUCCAGGCUGAUGCCCAAAGUGGUGCGGGUGUUGGAGAUCCUGGAGGUGAUGGUGAGCCGCAGCAGCAUCAGCCCGGAGACCGAGGAGCUGCGGCUGGAGCUGGACAAACUGCGCCUGGAGAGGAUGGACCGCCUGGAGAAGGAGAAGAAGCACAAAAAGGAGCUGGAACUGGUGGAGGAUGUAUGGAGAGGAGAGGCUCAGGACCUGCUGUCCCAGAUCGCCCAGCUACAGGAAGAGAACAAAACCCUCCUCACUAACCUUUCAAUUAAAGACCCCAUGAGUGAGGAGGACCUCCAGAGGCACGAGGGUAUGUCAGAGAGAGAGAGGCAGGUGAUGAAGAAGCUCAAAGAAGUCGUGGACAAGCAGAGAGACGAGAUUCGAGCCAAGGACCGUGAACUUGCACUGAAAAAUGAAGACAUAGAAGCACUCCAGCAGCAGCAGACUCGUUUAAUGAAAAUCAACCAUGACCUUCGCCAUAAAAUCUCUGUGGUGGAGGCCCAGGGGAAAGCCCUCAUUGAACAGAAGGUGGAACUGGAAGCCUGUGCUCAGGCACGGGGGCAGGAGGUCGGUGCCCUUCGUCAGGAAAUUGCACGCUUAAAGGAGCGCCUACAAGGAGACCCGCCGGCCCAGGAGGAGCAGCCACCUCAGCCCCCCUCACCUGCACAGGAGGCGCUGUGCGAGGAGGAGAUGGGAGGCCUGGACCCGAAGGACCCCGACCGGCCCCGGUUCACCCUGCAGGAGCUGAGGGAUGUUCUUCAUGAGAGGAAUGAGCUCAAGGCCAAAGUCUUCUUGCUGCAAGAGGAGCUUGCCUACUACAAAAGUGAUGAGGCAGAAGAUGAGAUUGCUCCAACCACUCCUUCACCCUCCCCUGAGCUUAGGGCUCGACCCCGCACUUCUGCUCAGCCAGAGUCAGGAAUCAAACGCCUGUUUAGUUUCUUCUCACGGGACAAGCAGCGGGGCCCCCAGCGUAGCGCACAUUUCGACGACGGCCUCGGCUCGUGGGCGGGGAAAGAUGACGUGUACACAGAACAGGCCCAGGAGGCUUUGCAGCACAUGUAGUCACUGGACCGCACUUGACAAGGUUACUCAGCGCCAAAACUUUUAACACUUCAUGUCCAUCACUCGAGGCAUUCUUGUGGUCAGCUUGUGAGCAUCAACUGCACCCCAAUCCACCUAAUGAGUCAAAGCGCAACAGAAAUAUCAUUUGCUUGAGGUGAAAGGACUGAAGGAGGGGGGAAGGUGACUAGUUUGAGGGGAGGCUCCGGUUUAGAAGUUACACCUCCUGAAAGUUUAUUUAGAUGAACACAUGAGAAGGCAGUAUAGACCGAUGAGUGGCAGCACAUACAAACUCUGUUACGUUGUAGAAAAUGCCGGAGAAUAGUGGGUGUGUGUAUGUUAAACAGAAUCAGGCUUGAUUCUGCACAGGAGAGAGGGUAAACUCAGGUUGCAUGAUGGAAAGUGGAAAGUGGUCAAUAAUGUGUUCUGCCCAGCAUUAACCAUGAGUGAAAUGAGCUUGGUAUGCUACACUGAUGAAGGCAUGGGGCACAAAAGUGUGUUGUUAAUUUGAUCUCCAAAAGCACACAGAUGCUAACUCCACUGACUUGUAUCCAGAAGCUCAGUGGAAACUUUAAAGAUUUUCCAUUUAAUGGAUUUGUGGUUAAGACGUGUUUGUCACAGGCUUCAUUUGAAGCGACUUAACCUUUUCAAUGAAGGGUGAGGGUAUUAUUGUAUUAUCAACCUGUUAUUAGGCAUUGGGCGAUUUCAUGUCUCGAUUAUAAUUGGGCUUUACGAUAUUAUCCCGAUAAUCAUCCAAAUAUGCAUAAAACUCCUAAACGGCACUAAAAUGUACUGGAAUCACUUUACCAUACAUUUUGCUAAGAAACAAGUAUUUUUAUUGCAUUACAGAUAGGACACACAUCUUUUUUUUUUUUUUUUUUUUUAAGUUAACUCUUUUUUUUUUUUUAGGGAAUUGCCAAGCCUUCAGCUGUGGAAACAGCCUUAAGAUUUUGGAAUGACUGGAAAGAUGCAGGCUCCCUGUUGUGGCAAUUCAAAACAAAUCAGGAAAUCAGUAUAGGACUGCAUGUUCACAAGCUAGACAGCUUUUAAAAGUCAGAAUAUUCAUGAUUAUCCCAAUUUACAAUUUUCCUGAUAAUGCAAAUUCACGUGUUUUAUCGCAAUCUGCAAUAAAAUCCUAGAUGGUCCCAUCCCCACCUGUUAUGCACAUGAACAAACAAGAGGCAAACCAGCACAGAAAACAUGCAAUAUCUGUCUAAUAGCCCAUCCUCUUUUACACAACCAAACCUAAUCCUCAGUAACCAUGAAGGAAUAUGCCAGUUUCAUUUUCUGAUGCUGAGAUUUCAUUUUUACUGUAACUGCAACACUUUUGUGCCCUGUUAUUUAUUUUCUGUCCCCCAGUGAAAUAGGCAGCUAGCAGCGUGCAGACCCUUUGUCACCAGCAUUGUGCGAGUUCAAACUAUGCAGCUCUACAAAUCUAUAGAGUACAGGGGCACAUGUAUAAUUUUUUUGUUCAUGGAUUUACAAUUAAAAAGCUGUGCACACAAAAUGAUGAAAAAAAUAGACACUUUCUCAGAAUUAUAAAGUGCUGAAUACAACAUGAGUACACAUUUUCUUUCUGUAAAUCACAAUCGUCAUGAAACUGUGCACAUAAAUGAGCUUUAUGUGCCAGAGCAGACACAAGUUACGGAUUCUCCCCAUAUUCUCCAUCAGGAGCUAUUAAAUGACAAUGCUUCACACUAUACACACAGUCAGCCGCGAUCCUUCAACGGUGCCAAAAAAGGCAUUUGCACGCCAUGCGUACAUGCAAACGCACUGUACCAUGAUAAUUGGAAAUGCAGCACAGGCACAAACCAGCUGGACCAAAACGGGCUUGAAUACGAUGCCUUCCUCUUUGCUGUUAUAGCAAACAGAUGUGUGGAGAUACAAGACACUGAAGAGCUUGAUUUCAUUCUCAAAAUGCACACGCUAAGUUUUAGACAAGGACUGUUAAACUCAAGUCCACUAAUCGCCUUUCUCCAAGUGCCAUGUAGCCUUCAAGAACUGCAGCAUGUGAUGAAAUGUUCAAGAUCAUGCAUUGCCAGUAUUGGACUUAAUUAGUUUAGUAAGAGUUAGUAAGUUCAUUUUGAGAGAAAAAAUAGCUCCAGUAACUUUUUUUCAUGUUUUUUCAGUAUACCCAAGGAGGAACGUCUUCAUUGUUGUCAAGCCUAUCUUUGACCAGCAGCUUUUUGCCAGUGAAUGCUGAUGGGAUUACAAAAUAAAUGCUGAUUUAAUUAAACCGGAAAAGCAGUGUGAUCCUGGGGCUAUUUGGGCGGAUCCUGACCUAGAUGCAUGCCAUUCUCUGUCUUUAAGAGUUCACAUGAAAGCCCAUGUGGCAGUUCUUUAUAUCUCCUGUUGGUAAAUACACAUACCUUAUAGAACUUAACUUAAAAUCUGCUCCAGAUUGCUUUUGUCCACUCAUAAACUGGAUGAUCCACAGAAACCUUAUUUCAGUAAAUUGGAUUUUUAAAUUUAUUUGCUUGCUACCACACCUGUCUUUUGUUUGGAAGACGACUAAGAAAUAAAAGGCAAACCAGAUUUAAAAGUUUACGUUUUCACAAAUCAUCUCCGCUUGGUAGAUCAUAGCCGAACUCACAAGAGACCUGAAUCAUUUGGAAAAGGUAUUCUGCAAGGUAUGUGAAUUUACCAAUAAGGGAGUAGAGAUUUUCUACUUGGCAUUCCCCUGUUCCCCAUCCAAAACAUCUUCUUUCUUUUAGUCCACAAUGUGAAGGGAAUGUAAAGUGAUGCACACUUUUCUCACAUUGGGUUUUUGCUUUUGCUAAAUACCAAACUUUGCAUGGAAAGGUGUGCCUUUGUGCCUUUACGUAUCAUUUACCCAGGCCCCCAGAUGAAAGCUACAUACACGCUAUUGAAUUACGCAGCAGAGAAAAGCAGCAUAUUAUUUGCAUAUGAUAUUAAACAAAGUGGUUACAUCACAAGCAGACCUGCGGUAUUCCUCAGAUUGUGCUGAGAUGACCGUUGCGACGUUAUUAUAACAGCAUCAGAGAAAAUAGGAGUCUGGUUUCAUAACUGGUCAAUUAAACAGAGUUGAUCAAACUUAAGGGGCUGGCGUGUUUCAACAUUUAUUUAAAUGCUCGCUUGCAAAUGGUCGCUGCCUAUGCUUUUACAGCUUCUGCUGUGUCUUCACGUGUGCCGCCGGCUGAUGUGUUCACGCAAAAAGGCUUCUCGUGAGGCAGAGUAGUCAGGCCAGUGAGGAACAACUGUGGUGUGACUGGGUGUCUUGUAAGAAUAGUGGCACUUUAUCUUCAUUUAUACUGACCGGGUGAGGUGGAAAAGAUGAAUGUAAAAUGAGAAGAACACCGUGAUAAUGCUAAAAAAAAAACACAAGGGUGUCCCAACAUUUUAGUAAGGGUGAAGUAAUGGUGUUAAAAGAGGUGGUCACCCCUUGACAAAUAAUUUGAAGUUUAUGUGAUGCUUAUUCCAAAAGGGCAGUCCCACCGCUGCUUUGGAGAAAUUACUCGCAAAACUUGAAGCUGACUUAAGUUCUAAAUUACGGUGGUGAAAUGAAUCUGGAGAAUUUGUGUGUUACAAAUUUAAGCAUUGAAACAUAUAAAGGGAAAUACACUCCAGCAUUACAGCCUGUCCAAGCACAGAGGCAUUGUUUAUGUGGACAAAAUGGACAGAAAAGGGUCAAAGAAGCUCAGUUGAGUCCCCCAGCCCAUUCAUUCAGUGAAUGUCGAUCAGCAUCUCUCAUGUAUUUUCUCCAGCAGUCCUCUAUGAACCUAAUUAAAAUGGAUAUUAAGAAAAAAGAUAUAAGAAAUGCAUCAUUGUUUUAUGAAAUAACUUGCCUUUUAUUCAAACGUGUCUCCUUAAUAAUAAAAAUGGCAAUAAUGGUU